AGUUUUUACUAAAGCAUCUGAUGUUAUGAAAUGAUCACACUGAUCUUUCCCUGGAUGAAACACACGGGAGGUUGUGUUAAGUAAAGCUGGAGGUGCCGGAGAUCACUGUCUGUGUGGAGUUUCCAGUCACUGCAUCUAAUGGUGUCUAUUUUUACAGGGAGCAGCACCAAGUCCAUCCUGUGUGUGUUGAUGCUGGUGAUGACCCUCCAUGGAGUCAUGGGAUGGUUCUGCUACAGCCACAUCCCAUCUACAGAGGCCAUCGGCUGGGUCUUCUGCCCCAGCACCUCCUGCUACACUGUCGGCGCCAGCAUCUUAGGGGAGCGAGACUCCAAGCGUGGCUGUGCAGACAAGACAUACCAAGACACCUGCCAGAAGGCCCCAGCAAUUGUACCCACAGAUGAUGUGUGUUUCUGCAACGCCAUCUUGUGCAACCAUUCUGGAGCCGGGACUACCUAUCUCUUUCUGCCGCUGCUCAUAUUCCCUUAUGUUCUACACAAAUUCCUGUAGAAUUAGGAUAAUUGGUGCCAGUGCUGCACGCAAUCUUUUGAGAUAUCAGUGACAGUUGUGUUUGGCAUCUACAAUUUGUUCUGAUGACGCUUACCACAACCAAUGUUGAUUCUCUUACUGAGUAUAGUUUUCAGUGCCUUCCUUGGCAUCUCAGUUUGCGUAUCAUCAUGUAGCUAAAAUCUCAUAUAGUAUUGUUGACUAUUUAUAGCAAAAAUAAUUUAACACUUUACUUCUUGUUUCUAUUAUAUGACCAGGAACACAUUGUCCAUUGCUUAACAAAGUAAAGAUCUUAUUUCUUUUGAAGUGUGGUGAACCUGCACACUGUUAAUUUUUAAGAAUUGGUCAAACUUGGUUCAUAUUGAAUAUUUAAAAAUUUUUAAUUGGGCCAAAUAGUACACACGAUUCAGCUCCGGUAGCAGUGUUGUAACUAGUGCUACAGUAUACUGUCUUGAUAACACCCAGUUCAUCUAGUGUUGUGCUACAUAGUGCUGAUGACACCAGUAUACGUAGUGCCAUAUUACCCUGCACUGGUAAUGCCAAUAUACUUCGUACUGUCAUAAACUAUAUUGUUAACACCUGUAGUACAGUUUCAGAUACUGCAUUAUGAUCUACUGGUGGCAUGAAUGUAUCUAUAGUGGUGUAUACUGGAUUAGUCACCAGUGUUUUCAACAAUGCAUUACUCUACUGUGGGUAAUUACUGUGUCUAAUGUUGCAUUCCACUACCAACAAUAGUAACACCAUCGUAGCUGGUGAUAUAUUAUUGUGAUAAUUACAUCAGUGCAUCUUCUCCUCCAUUAUACUCUAUAUCUAUUAUAGUGUAUUGAUAGACACCAGUACCUCUAGUUGCAAUGUACUGUACUGUUAAACAAACUCUUUAUCUCGUACCAUACAUCAGUGUACAAGUAACUACCUAAGUAUCUAGUGUUGCACUCCUCUGUAUUGGUGACACCACUGUAUUGCUGAAUUGCUGUGGGUGUGCCAAAGGAUGCAGUAUAAAGUGGCACCUCAACAUACAUUUACAGUAUGUAUUUUAGAUAAACCAACAUAGAACCUCAACAUUGUGAUGCUCACCAGUCAUCAGUGUAAGGGUAAAAUUUAUCACUCCGCCAUAUGCUAAAAGAAUAAUACGCAGAAGAAUGUUAUUCAAAGGAUUAUAAUUCGGAGUUUUUCAGAUAGAGAUUCAAUUUUACAUUAUGUAUAUGGGUCAGUGUUUAAAACUACUCUUAUAUCCAACAUUCUCAGUGGUACGCCACAAAUGUCAGAAAAAUACCAUGCAAAGUGCGUUACGUCAUGCUCUUUUUACACUCCUAUAUUAAUCGUACUAGACAAAUAUGAUAAGAAAAUGUAGCAUAUGUCAGGUGUUCCUGAAUACCUUGUAUGACACUGGUGACCUGGUUCACACUUUCAACAACUUAAGACACAGAAGGUGGUAAACAAACACUAUGGUUCAUAGUUAAGGACUUCAGUACUCAGUUAGGUUUACCAGCAGUUCACACAAGACACAUUACACAUGGUUUAAUUAAAAUCAAAAACCUUUCUCAGAUUUCUUUUGUUGAUGAACACUUCUCAGUUAAACCUCUGACACUGAGUACAUGUUACUCGCAGGAACAUUCUGAGAUUCUGAAUAGUCUUUCAGGUACAGCAUAAUUUUGGAAGACUUACUGUACUUUGUUUAGGUAAAACUCAAAAUAUGUGAGAAACAAUAUCCACAGCUCAGUCAUAUCAGACACAGGCAGGAGUCAACAUCACUAAAUUUAUGUCAUGGUACUGACACGACCAAUUAAUACCGUGGAUUUUUGUCAAAUGUAAUUUAAUUAUACUGUAUAGUGUACAAGAUUUACUAGAUUUACCCUUUCCUAGACAGAGAAAAACAAGUUUUCCCAUAAAUAUCUUGGCUUUACUUAUAGAUAGAUAAGAACUAACUUUAGAUUGACUGUUACAUGAGAAAAUUAUAAAAACAUUAUGUAAGUAUCUAAGCCAUUAAAAAAAAGCAUGGAGUUUCAUGUAGCAUUAGAUAUAGCAUUAGUUUGUCCUUCAAAACAAGUAGUCAAAAAGGUAAAGAAUACUAGUUAAUGCCACACUUUCCAUAAGCCACACCAAGAAUGUUUUCAUAGAGCUACAGUUACUGUAGCAUACUGUAAGUAGUGAAGGUUGUGUAGAUAUUUUGUAUAUUCUUCUGUUGACCUGUGCUUCUGGUGGGUGGCAUCACACCAAGAGUUUUAUAUUAUCUAUUACAUUUUAUGGAGUACUUUAUUGAUUAUAUUGUGUGUUGUACAAACCGGUCAAUAAAGUUUAUCAUAAAUGUAGCCAUAUACAGUGUUUACCUUCAAGUGUAAAAUAAAGAAUAAUAAAUUCUAGAUAAAAAAAAAUGUAAAAACUGGCGUGCUGCUCAAGCUGUAAUUACAAAGCUGACAAUAAAGACAAAUAAAUCUCAA